UGACAGUGAUUGGAUCUGCAGUUUGGGAGGUUGAACAACCUGGGAUGUGAAGGACAAACAUAAGGCAGGGGUUAACGUGUGCAUUUGUGUGUAUGAGUGGAGGAGGCGGAUCAGGGCUCCCCCAGAAUAGUGAACACAAAGCCGUCAGACCCUUUAUGAUUUUCCAGCACAGAACAGCACAAGCAGAUAGUUGUACUCUGGUACCUUUUAUACCCUGUUCCUGAGUUCACCAAGACUCUAGAGCACCAUGCUACUGCCGAACAGCACAAGUCUCCAGUCGCUGCUAGUCUCUCUCCUGGAGUUCCUCAACAGCACGUCAGUGGGUCCGUCCCCUGCUUCCUCUGCUUACUGUCCACCCAGCCCUCUCCCUGCCUCUGGUCAGGGUCAAGCCCAAGGACAGGGCAUGAUCUACAUCUUCCUGGUGGUGGGACUGUUCAGCUUCUUCACCUUCGGCAUCAUGAUGAGCUAUAUUCGCUCCAAGAAGCUGGAGAACUCCCAGGACCCGUACCACCAAUAUAUUGCCCGCGACUGGGCCAGUCCUCUCACGCCACCCUCGCUUACAUUCAAGCAGACGCUGAGAGGGGCAGACCCGAGGAAGGACCCGCUGGUUAUCGCCAACCCUACUACAAUGGACCGUCUCCCAGGCUGAGGAGGGGGACACUGGAAACUGGGCGAGCGUGUGUAUUUGUGUAUGAACUGGUUGCAGCUCCUCAGCAUACACUCAAGUUCAAAUAUAUGCAAUAUGCAAUUUAACACUG